GGGACCACCAAUGGGAACGUCCCUCACUGGGCCACCUCUUCAGGCACUCACCUCUCCUCCUCCACACAGGUGGCCAACCUGCUGCGGCUCUUCCAGAUCCCACAGAUCAGCUAUGCCUCCACCAGCGCCAAGCUCAGCGACAAGUCCCGCUACGACUAUUUCGCCCGCACCGUCCCGCCAGACUUCUACCAAGCCAAAGCCAUGGCAGAGAUCCUCCGUUUUUUCAACUGGACCUACGUCUCCACCGUGGCCUCGGAGGGUGACUACGGGGAGACAGGGAUCGAGGCCUUUGAGCAAGAAGCCCGCAUGCGCAACAUCUGCAUUGCCACCUCGGAGAAGGUGGGACGCUCCAUGAACAAGAAGACCUACGACGGGGUGGUCCGGGCUCUGCUGCAGAAGCCCAAUGCCAGAGUGGUUGUGCUGUUCACUCGAAGCGAAGAUGCCCGGGAGCUGCUGGCAGCUGCCCAGAGAGCCAACAUGUCCUUCACGUGGGUGGCCAGUGAUGGGUGGGGAGCCCUGGAGAGCGUGGUGGCCGGGAGCGAAGCGGUGGCGGAGGGAGCCAUCACCAUCGAGCUGGCAGCCUACCCCAUUGCGGAGUUUGCUGCCUACUUCCGUAACCUCAACCCCUACAAUAACAGCCGAAAUCCUUGGUUUCGGGAGUUUUGGGAGCAGAAGUUCAAGUGCAGCUUCCACACGCAGGACUGUAGCCGGUACUCCCUCAAGACAGGCAAGUUUGAGCCAGAGUCCAAGAUCACUUUCGUGGUCAAUGCGGUCUAUGCCAUGGCUCACUCACUCCACAACAUGCACCAGGCGCUGUGCCCCAACGCCACCAAGCUCUGCGAUGCCAUGAAGCCCGUCAAUGGCAAGAGGUUCUACAAGGACUUUAUGCUCAAUGUUAAUUUUGAUGCUCCGUUCAGGCCAUCAGACCCCAAGAGAGUCGUUCGAUUUGACCGCUACGGCGACGGGAUCGGGCGCUACAACAUCUUCAACUAUCACCGCAUGGACGGGCGGUAUCGGUAUCAGAAGGUGGGCUACUGGGCUGAGGGGCUCAUCCUCAACACCAGCCUCAUCCCGUGGGCUGAGACCUCCAUCCCUGUGUCCCAGUGCAGCGACCCCUGCAAGAAGAAUGAGAUAAAGAGCAUGCAGCCCGGAGACAUAUGCUGCUGGAUCUGCAUCCCCUGCCAGCCCUAUGAGUACUUGCUGGAUGAGUUCACCUGCAUGGACUGCGGUCUUGGUUACUGGCCCAAUGAGACCCUGAACGGAUGCUAUGAGUUGCCCCAAGAGUAUAUCCGCUGGAAAGACGUCUGGGCCAUUGGUCCCGUCACUAUCUCUUGCCUGGGUUUUAUCUCCACCCUUUUCGUUUUCGGAGUCUUCAUGAAGAACAAUGACACCCCCAUCGUGAAGGCCUCUGGCCGGGAGCUCUGCUACAUCCUCCUGACCGGAGUGCUCAUGUGCUACAGCAUGACCUUCAUCUUCAUCGCGAAGCCCUCCACUGAGGUGUGCACGCUCCGGCGCCUGGGGCUGGGCACCUCCUUCGCCGUCUGCUAUUCAGCCCUCUUGACCAAGACAAAUCGCAUCGCCAGGAUCUUCAGCGGGGUGAAGGAGGGGGUCCAGCGCCCCCGGUUCAUAAGUCCUGCAUCGCAGGUGGUCAUCUGCAUGGCCCUCGUCUCUUGCCAGCUGAUCAUCGUCAUCAUCUGGCUGCUGGUGGAGACCCCCGGCACAGGCAAGGAGACCGAGCCUCACAAGAGGUACAUUGUCACCCUCAAGUGCAACAACCGCGACUCCAACAUGCUCAUUUCCCUCACCUACAAUGUCCUCUUGAUUGUCCUGUGCACGGUCUAUGCCUUCAAGACACGCAAAUGCCCCGAAAACUUCAACGAGGCCAAGUUCAUUGGGUUCACCAUGUAC